UAACGAGUGUUUGUUCGUAGUGAAUUAUUUUGUGUUUAUUACUGGAUUGUUUCUUAAUUCAUUCAUUUUGAUCGCACUGAAAGAAAAAUGAAGCGAACCAAAAGUUCUUCCCCAAGAAACAGCUUUACGCUGAGACAUUCGAGCUCCACCUGGAGUAUUAUAUCGUCAAAACGUGAAAGAAAAGGGUCUCCACCAUUAACACGACAAAUAUCCUCAUCAGAUAAUGUUCUGGCAGACAUCAACAAACUCGAUUCCAAAGGAAGAAGCCUGCUCUUCCUUGCCGCAAGAUGUGAUCAGCCGGAAGUGGCCGUCCAGCUUUUGGCGGCAGGAUGUGAUGCCAACCUUGCUGACAGCGAGGGCAAUACGCCACUGCACGAGGCUGCAGAAGCGGGACACUUAGAAGUACUCCGAAUUUUACUCAAGAAUGGAAAAUGUGACGUAAACGCUAAGAACGUUUUUGGUCAGACUCCACUCAUGCGAGCAGUGUUCAACGAAAAUCUAGAGGUCGUCAAGCUGCUCGUAAAAGCAGGGUCAGACCUGCACGUCCUGGAUCACCUAGGAAAGUCCUCGCUGAUGAUUGGAGUACAGGAGGGGGCAGAAAAAUCAUGCCUCUAUCUCAUCAAAGCCGGCAGUGACGUCAAUCUUGCUGACCACGAAGGCCAUUCAGUUCUAUUUUACGCCGUCCAUUCGUCAUACCUUCACACACUGGAUGUGGCAAGAAAGCUAAUGAAAGCUGGCUGUGAUAUCAUGAAAAACGCUUCUUGGUUAUUGGAAAGUAAAAACGACGAGAACUGUCUCCUACUACAGGAUCCCAAAUUCCACUCCCUGCUGGUAUCUAAAGUGGAACCCAAAGAAAGGCAAAAGAAACAUGACUUAAUUUCCUCUUUAAAAAUUACAUUCCAAGGACGUUCACAUAGAGACCAGAGUAGGGAUAUUCGUAGUGCAACAUUGUAAAAUUUAUUGUGGGCUAUGAUUUUGCACUCAGUGAGACAUAGUCAUUGUCGAUUCUUUCGAACAAAACAUGCAUAUUUUGAUUUCGAUUUGCAUGGAUAUGUUCAAAGAGCUGCUUGUACUUUGAUGAAUUUGUGUAUACUUAAUGCAAUGAUUUGUUGUAAUAAAAUAUUUAAAAACUU